UUACAAGAGAGAUAUUCCCAUAUGUUGGAGAAAUUUUCCAUGGCAAAAGCAGCUAAAUGUCUCAUUCAGAUAAGAGAUAAAUUGGAAUAAACAGCUGUCAGUGUUAAAUAAAUAUCCUGGAUAAUGUGCAGGACAGAAAUAACUACAACAUCGUCAAACUCCUUUCUUCACUUUAUUUAGCUGCUCUUGCAUGUAGCUCCCAAGCUUUCCACUGCUCCAGUUAGUGAAGCAUUUAUUUUUGAGUCAGCUGCAUUUCUUAAGACUGCAACAACGAAAGGCAUUUCCUGAGAAACUGCAAGGAUGAGCAGCAAGAAAGAACAACAGCUAACGACAUAUGGGACCCUUGUAGUGUUUUUUAUCUUGCAAGUUCAGAUUUUUGGUUUUGAUGUUGAUAAUCGACCUACAACAGAUGUCUGCUCAACACACACAAUUUUGCCUGGACCAAAAGGGGAUGAAGGUGAAAAGGGAGACAGAGGAGAAGUAGGCAAACAAGGAAAGGUUGGACCAAAAGGACCAAAAGGAAACAAAGGACCGGUGGGUGAUGUUGGUGACCAGGGGAUGCUUGGUAAAAUUGGUCCAAUUGGUGGAAAGGGUGACAAAGGAGCCAAAGGCUUACCCGGGGUUUCAGGAAAAAAAGGAAAAGCAGGCACGGUCUGUGACUGUGGGAGAUACCGCAGAUUUGUCGGACAGCUGAAUAUCAAUGUCGCUCGUCUUAACACAUCCAUCAAGUUUCUAAAGAAUGUUAUAGCAGGUAUCAGAGAGACAGAUGAGAAAUUCUAUUACAUUGUGAAAGAAGAGAAGAAUUACAAAGAAGCCUUGAUCCACUGCAGGGAUAGAGGAGGAUCACUGGCCAUGCCUAAAGAUGAGGCAACCAACGCCUUGCUUGCUGACUACAUCUCCAACAGCGGCCUGUUCCGAGCCUUCAUUGGGCUGAAUGACAUGGAAAGAGAAGGACAGUUUGUGUAUGCAGACAACAGCCCACUGCAGAACUACAGCAACUGGAAGCAAGGCGAGCCUCAUGACCCAGCUGGUCACGAGGACUGUGUGGAAAUGCUCAGCACAGGAGAAUGGAAUGACUCUGAGUGCCAAGUCACCAUCUACUUUGUCUGUGAAUUCCUCAAGAAGAGGAAAUAAAAGUGCCAGAGAAUGUACCUGGCACCUGCUGUACAUAAAAUAACCCAUCUUCAUUCAUUUACAAUAGGGAGAGUAAAUCAGGGAUAGGAAACCAGGGACUCAAUCCAGCCUUCACAUCACUGGGCUGAGCAAGAGUAACUGCUGUGUGGUCAUCAGUGACUGUAAAGUCAGCAUAGGUCUGCAGGGGGCAUCCAGCCAGCUGUGAAUUUUCAUUUCAUUUCUACAUGCAUUUUAGGGUUGGCAUUUCUAUGUGUAAUUUAGGGGUAAAUUUAGAGCCUGAAGAAGUGAAUAUAAUUUCACCAGUUCCAGAAAUAGUAAGAUCAUUGGUAUUUGAAGUACUGAUGAGGUUUGCGAAGUCCACAGAUGGAAAGAGCAUGACCUUCAUUAAUCUCUGACUUGCACAGGGAGUCCCAGUAAUUUCCCUUAUUACUUCAGAGCUCAAAGUAAAGAUUUUAAGUACCUCUUGAAAAAAAUCCUUCUUUUGUUAGAAUCAUAAUUUGAGGUGGAAGGCAUCUCUGGAGGUCAUUUGGGUAAAUCUUGCAUGCAAAGUAGGACCAACUUCAAACUUAGAAGUUGUUAUACUCUCCUUAAUUUGGCUGUGCAAUUAUAUUGCCUGAUAAGCAUUUAUCUGGUCUUCUGUAAAGCCUUUGACAUGGUCCCCUUCAAUAACAUUCUCUUUAAACUGGAGAAGUGGAUUCAAUGGGUGGACUAUAAGGUGGAUAAAUUGGUUAGAUGGCUGCAUCCAGAGGGUGUUGGUCAAUGACUCAGAGUCCCAAUGGACAUCAGUGACAAGGGAUGUCCCUCAGGGAUCUGUAGUGGGACCAGCACUAUUUAAUAUCUUCAUUAAUGGCACAGACAAAGGCAUGAAGUGCACCCUCAGCACAUAUGCAGAUAGCACCAAGCUGGGUGGUGCAGUUGACACACCUGAAGGAUGGGAUGCCAUUCAGAGGGAUCUGAAUGCCAUGAAGGAAGUGGUCCAUGGGAUCAUUAUGAGGUUUAACAAGACCAAGUGCAAUGUGCUGCACUUGAGUAGGGGCAACCCCUGGAAUCAGUCCAGGUAAGGGAUGAACUGAUCAAGGGCAGCCCUGCCCAGCAGGACUUGGGGUGCUGCUGGAUGUGAGGCUGGACAUGAGCCAGCAAUGUGCACUCACAGGCCACAAAGCCAAACAGGUCCUGGCUGCAUCCAAAGCCCUGUGAUUCUGUCCCUCUGCUUUGCUCUGGUGAGGCCCCACCUGCAGUGUUGUGUCAGCUCUGGGGUCCCCAGCACAGAAAGGCUAUGGACCUGUUGGAGCAAGUCAAGAGGAGGCCAUCAAGAUGAUUAACAGGAUGAAGCAUCUCUCCUAUGAGGAAAGGCUGAGAGAUUUGGUUUUGUUCAGCCUGGAAAAAAAACAAGGCUUUGGGGUGACCUAAUUGCAGCAUUCCAGUACCUGAAGGGAGCCUACAAGAAAGGUGGAGAGUUUUUACAAGGACUUGUGAGAGGACAAGGGGGGAUUAGUCUAACUAAAAGAGAAUAGACUUACGUUAGAUAAUAGAAAGAAAUUCCAUAGUGUGAGGAUUGUGACCCCAGAGAAAUUGGGAAUGCCCCAUCCCUGGAAUUGUUCAAGGCCAGCCUGGAUGGAGCACAGAGCAAUCUGGUCUAGGGGAAAGAGGCCCUGCCCACAGUAUGGGGGCUUGAACUAGAUGAUCUUUAAGGUUCCUUCCAACCCAAACCAUUCUAUGAUUCUACUCAGAAGAGAUCUUGCUUAUCUCUCUUUUCAACUCUAUCAUCCAUCAGGCUGGCCUGAAAUGUGAGGAAUUAAUUGUACAUAGGCAUGCAAGCCUACACAGUUUGCAGGGAACCUAAAAACAGAUGGAGUAGUUCUAGUGUCUGAAUUCCCCAAAAUCUGUGAUAAGCAUACAGAAGUCUAGCACAAAGAGAACAGUGUAAAGGAAACAACACCAUUCCUAUAGGCUGUGAACAGGCACAUGUCAUAUAAGCUAUACCAUGUGCCCUGCUGGUUUAACAAGUGAUUCUAGGAAUUUAUUAACUGCCUAACGCAGAAGCCAGUGACGUUUGAUGUUUAAGUUAAAAUCACCCAAGCCUUUGUAACACAGGAAGAAGCUAUAGAACAGGUUUCAUCCCCCAAGAACCCAGAUUCAGGUGUGGUUGAACAGUUUAGUCAUGCAGUUCAGUGGGACUCACUAAAAAUGAUGAGCACUGAACAUAAAGGCUCUGCUGUCACUGCCUGGCUACUUAGAUCUCCAUGUCACAAUGCCCACAAGAAUCACAUUUUUCUAUAUUUCAGAAUACUGACAGAGCUUUUAUCCUUCAGACACAUCAAGUGCUUAGUCAUGGUUUGCCUUUCCUCAGAGCAGGAGAUGCAAAGAGAAACCUCAGGAUUAUCACAAUGGAAGUCUGUAGGUUUUCCUUCCCACUUGACACUAAAAAUUAAGGAAAGCUAUCUGGAAGCUAAGGAGAAUGCUAGAUGGUUGGCACCACACAGCAACAUUCCCUGCGGGUCACUGAGCACCAGGGGCACACAGCCCUCCUCUGGGUAUACAAAGAGCUGGACAUGCCAUCAGCUGGUAAUGCAGAGGGUCAGCUCUGAGUCUCCCUGCUCCUGCUGAGUACAGCACUUCAAAGGCAACCAAACAAUCAUAUGUUCUCAACCUCACCCUGAACGGGAAAAUUCUCCAAACGUUUGCCUGGUUGUUUGACUCUAAGUUCACCUCUGAGCAUUGACCAACACAGGAGCAUCCCAGGUGACUCUGUGACUCAGAACCACUCUUGUAAUCUGGUUUCUCUGACACUUGUUCCUCCAGAAAACCUCCUGGUGCUACCAGCAGUAAAUUAUCUGCGUUGCUACACUCCCUCCAGGAAACUAUUCAAACCUGUGAAUAAAGAGGUGGGACCACAUUUCUUUUCAUUGCUCCCCUUCUAUGCUAUGAGACUAUUUGGGCAAACAAGUUCACUUUGCAUGAUGUAACUCAGCCUGAAUUGUUCCCUCUCUGGGAAUUGAUAUUCCUCAAGACUAGGCAGAAUUACAUUUUUAGGAUCUACUGUAAUAAACUCAUUAAGAUAAAC